CAAAUAACACAGAGAAGACGUUGGCAGAGUUACGGACGGCGACGGGAAGCGAGGAGGAAGGAAGCAUGCGAGCGCGAGAGAUGCGGCGGUUGGAACGAAUCUUUCCGGGCAUUGGCCAACUGAUUGACUCCGAGAAGCCCGACACUUCCGAGCAGGUCGUCAUCUCUUCGCUCGCCCUCAUCAAGAUGCUCAAGCACGCAAGAUCCGGAAUACCUAUGGAGGUGAUGGGGCUGAUGUUGGGGGAGUUCGUGGAUGAGUACACAAUCCGGGUGAUCGAUGUCUUCGCAAUGCCGCAGAGCGGGACCGGCGUUAGCGUGGAGGCCGUCGACCCCGUAUUUCAGGUCACCAUGCUCGAUAUGUUGAAGCGGACCGGAAGGCAUGAAAUGGUGGUUGGAUGGUAUCAUUCUCAUCCUGGAUUUGGUUGCUAUCUUUCUGGUGUUGACAUACAAACGCAGCAGAGUUUUGAAGCCCUUAAUCCUAGGGCAAUUGCUGUGGUUGUAGAUCCAGUCCAGAGUGUCAAGGGUAAGGUUGUUAUUGAUGCUUUUCGUUUGAUCAACCCUCAAGCAAUAACGUUUGGUCGGGAACCUCGCCAAACGACAUCAAAUGUUGGGCAUCUCAACAGACCCUCAAAUGAGGCACUGAUGAAUGGUUUAAACAAGCAAUAUUGUUCCUUAGUUAUAAACUAUCGGAAGAAUGAACUCGAGGAGAAAAUGUUGCUGAACUUCCAUAAAAAGAAAUGGACUGAUGGGCUGAUACUUCGGCCAUUUGAUAUACAUUCUGAAACUAAUGAACAAACUGUUCAGGAAAUGCUGGAUUUAACCAUUAAAUAUAACAAAGAAGUUCGAGAGGAGGACGAGCUGCCACUUGAAAAGCUGUUUUUUGCCAGUAUUGGAAGGAUGGAUGCAAAAAAGAAAUUGGAAGAGCAUGUCUCAAACUCGAUGGCAUCAAACACAGUCCAGAUUUUGGGGACUAUGUUGAACACUGUUGUGUUUGACUCUUGCAUAUUAUGAUGCUUGUUCUUAGUGGAAAUCACUCACAAAACUGCACUGCCCAAGUAAAGAAAUUCAAACGCCACUGGUACUUGGAAUUAGUUCCCUUUAGCUUUUUGGGUUUCGACCCCACCAUUUUUUUUGGUUGACACGACUGCCUGUUACAUGGCUCUUGGCCUGAAGUUGAUUAGAAAAAAAAUUCGUUUCAAGGGAUAGUUUCUCGAAGAUCUUUUUCAUAGCCAUUAA